AUGGCAGACACAGGCAAAACGAUUCUGCACAUCAACUUCGCCGACAUUGUCGACCAGCCGCUGUCCCUCACCGGGGCUACAAAACAUAGAUUCCGCUUCAUCGACGGCGACGCCCUCGCCCAUAAAUCAACUAUCCAUGUCCUGGAAUUCGAACACCUUCCUUUGGCGCCAUAUGCCGUCAUCUCAUACGUCUGGCGAGGCCUCCCUCCUCUUCCCGACGAGAAGUCGACGCUGCCCAAGAUUAAUGUCAAAGGAGCAGAAGGGGCUGAUCCCAUAUCCGUCGAAGUGUUGAAGAUUGUCUCGCUCGCGGCGGAAAGACAAGGAUGCAAAUUGAUCUGGCUAGACGCUUUAUGUAUCCUCCAAGACGACGACGACGACAAAGCAUGGCAGAUCCAGCGCAUGUACGACAUUUACCGCUCCAGCACAGAGUGCAUCGUCGCUCCAGGCGGCCUCCAGAGACUCGUCUCGCUCACAGAGGAAACCACCUGGGCGAGCCGCGCGUGGACCCUCCAGGAAGCCAUUGCGCCGCCCUCGGUGCACUGCUUAUUUGCGUGGGACCGCGGCGACUGUCAGUUUCAGUCGAAUUUCCCUCUGCUGGUGAGCCAGCUUGAGAGUACGAAAGCAGCGAUUGCGCCGUUGAAGACUGCGUUGGAGAUGGCGAUGAAGGGGAGGGGCGUGAGUCUUUUUGAUCUGCAGGGAAGAAGGAUGGAUUUGCCGUCGUCGUCUGAGGAGUACAGGAUCUUGCUAUUUGGGGAUGCGGGGAGGGAUCGGCCGCGGAUUAGGGAGUUGAUUGAUGCGAUGGACAUGAAGGGCAAGACGGGCAUGUUUACGGCGAUAUGGCGCUCUUCGUUUAUGAGGGCGGCAAAGUACCCUGUUGAUGCGGUGUUUAGCAUCAUGGGUAUCAUGGGGGUGACGCUUGACACGAGCAAGUUUGGGAAUCAAGAUCGAUUGGGGGCGACGAUUGCCUUGAUGAGGGCGAUUCUGGAGAGGGGAGGGCAGGCGGAGUGGUUGGGGAUUGCGACCAAGGCGUUGCCGAAUCCGAGGUUGUCGACGUUGCCUGUGUUUCCAGAGGUUGAUGCUGCGUGGAGGCCGAUUUUGGGGACCAAGGAUGGGAUGAAGGACAUUGCGGAUGUGAUGGAUACGGGGUGGAGGCUUGAGGGUACGCCGGGGGGAGUCAUGGACGAUGAUGGAUAUUUCCGGUUCAGCGCGUUGUCGACGUCUGUGAGGCAGACGGAGGAGCAAGGGGAGUCUGCGAGGGUGUUUCGGUCGGAGACUUGUGGGAAUUGGGAGGUUGUGGAGAAGGAGGAGGGAUCACAUAUGGUUGUGCUGAUUGGGAGGUGGGAACAGUAUAACAACGGGGCGUUUGGCCUGUUGAUGAAUCUCAGGGAUCAGGCGUUGAUGAUAUUGGAAGAGGGGAGUGAUGGGAGGUUUAGUAACGUUGGGUAUGCUUUUGUGAAGGAGGAGGUUGUGAAGACGGGAAACUGGGAGGAGAGGGAGGUGGUUGUUGGAGGGCCGAAUUAG